AUGACACCAACGGAAACCCUCCACAGCGCCUUCACUGACGAAAAGGGGUCCCGCGGAACUCCGCCUCUCAUGAGCUACGGCUUACCUUUCCUCGAAGCCUGCAGCAGGCACGUCGCCUCGACCUUCAGGAAAUUAAAAGUCUACAUCAUCUGCUCUAGCUCCGUGGCGAAGAACACUUCCAGUCUCGAAGACCUGCAACAUGCUCUGGGCAACAAAGUAGUAGGCGUCAGGAUUGGCUUGAGACCGCACACCUUCAUGAGCGAAGUGCUGGAGGUUAUUGAGGACGCGAGGAUAGAGCAUGCCGAUUUGAUAAUUACCCUCGUUGGGGGAGCUUGA